AGCGCGGCCAUGGGCGAGCGGCAGCCCCGCGCUGAAGCCGGCCCGGGCUCAGCAGCCGCCGCCGUAUGUCGGGCGCCGGGGCUCGGAGCCGCAGCCGGCGGCUGCCCGGGAGUCUCCCCUGCAUGUUAGUGUUCACCGACCACACUGAUUCGUAGCAAGAAAGAUGAAUUUUAAGCAUGUGCUUAAAGUGACUGAUCUCACAUCAACACCCUUUCCCCCCACGAUAAUUAACUUCAGCAGCAGUGAAAGCGGCAUAUGAGCUCCCAGCUCCCGGCUUCCCAACACUCAGAAGUGAGAGCUGAGGCUCCAGUACGGCAAGUGCUGGUGCCACUGCCACUCUAGCACAUAACAGCCAUUCAUAGUGACCAGAUCAAUGUGCACCAGUAAAGCAGAGCAGAGAGAACCACCUACCCAGUGACAUGGAGCCGGGGCAGCGCAGCCUGGAUGCAGAGCAGAUGCAGCAGCAGCAGCAGUUGAAACUACGGGAGCGGCAGAAAUUCUUUGAGGAGGUUUUCCAGCAUGAAGUGGAUUUCUUCUUCCCUGUGUCUCACCUGCAGCUGGAGCAUCGGAGACCCCCCUUGGGGAGCAUUUCCUCCAUGGAGGUGAAUGUGGACGUGCUGGAGCAGAUGGACAUGAUGGACCUGUCAGACCAGGACACUGUGGAUGUAUUUCUGGCCUGUGGGACAGAGGAGGGCAGCGUUUCUGCGCCCCUGACAGGAGCAGAUGCCAGCCAGUGCCAAGAGGAAAUCACCUUGCAAGUGCCCAAUGCAGCUGAGACCAAGUCACGCAUUUCCUCCACGUCCUCUGUUUCCACGGAUCCCAACAGCCUGGACACCAGCGAGGAGGGGGCUGAGACCCCCGUGGUGCAGUCAGAUGAGGAGGACCUGCAGGAGGACAGUCCUAAAGAGCUAGCAAGAAGCUAGCAGCCAGCUCUGCCCUGCUCACAGCCCCUUCUGGAUGGACCUGCCAGCCUGGAGGAAGGAAAGCUGCUGGCACUCAGUAAACCCCAUCCUGGACUGCUGCUUUGCAGGAGACGAGAGAUGGUUUUCCUCUUCUCUCCCUCUGCAAGUUCUCCUGGCAUCCAAGGGAGAAGCAAAGGGGUAUUGUAGGCUCCCAAAAUUAACUCUUCAGGCUUUGCUGCUAACACUCCCUUGCUUCAUUCCCCUCAAAUGCUCAGCAUCCCACAACCCCACCAUUCCCAGAAACCAUCCCUUAGGAUCCCAGCUCCCAUCAUCCAACUGACAAGCACCCUAUCCAGACAAGCAUUUAACAAAGGCAUACAGAGAAAUAACGCUCCUAUCUAACCAA